AUGGGCUCCUACACACCCGACGGCAACGGCGAACUGCGCCGCCAGCCGCUCAAAAACUCCGGUUCCAUCGACCAUCUGGAAUACUUCGACGUCACGCCCAUCAUCGGGCGCGAGUACCCCACGGCCAAGCUCAAGGACAUGCUGUACGCGCCCAACGCCGAGGACCAGAUCCGCGACCUGGCCAUCACCAUCUGCGAGCGAGGCGUCGUCUUCUUCCGCGCGCCGCAGGACGACCUCACCAUCGCGGAGCAGAAGCGCAUCACCCUGAUGCUGGGCGAGCUGACGGGGAGGCCCAAGGAGCACGGGCUGCAUGUGCAUCCGCUGUACCGGGAUCCGAACAACAUUACCAUGGAGGAUGGCACGACGGAUGAGAAUAUCUACGUGAUCAACGACGCAGCCACCAAGAAGCUGUAUGCCACGAUGAAGAACCGCACGCCGGCAACGGAGCCGCGAGACUUGGGGCGAGAAUGGCACAGCGAUUACAGCUCGAUCGAUCCUGCUAACCUCGACAGGUACGACCGCAUGUCGCCGCCCUUCCGGCGCUGGCUGGAGACGCUGACGGCGACGUGCGCGCAGCCCGUCUUCCGCAGCGCCGCCGAGGCCGGGGGCUACGAGAUCAUGUCGCCGCGCGGCUCUCCGCUGAAUGUCGGCGACAAGUUCGCGCCGGUGCACCCCGUCAUCCGCACGCAUCCGGUGACGGGCUGGAAGUCGGUCUUCGCGGGCGUCGGGCUGCAUGUGUCGAGGAUCAACGACGUCUACUCGUACGAGGACCAGAUGAUCCGCGAGUACAUCCUGCGGCUGAUUACGCGCAACCACGACUGCGUGGCGCGGAUGCACUGGACCAAGCAGGCGGUGGCCAUCUGGAGCAACGCGUGCACGCUGCAUGCUGCGACGUAUUAUUACCAGCCCGACGUCCACCUCGUCAGCGGCAACCGCACGGGCGUUCGCUCGUCAGGCGUCGGCGAGCGGCCAUAUCUUGAUCCGGCGUCCAAGUCGCGUCGUGAAGCGCUGGGCCUGCCGCCGUACUAG